AUGAAGGCAACGUCGAUCACCCUUCCGCCGCCAUAGUUACAACAAGUUCAACGCCAACUACAGGAGCAUCUCUGUCCGAAGCUACCAUUCAACAGAUUGUCUCGGCGGUAUCACAGGCUGUUCUCGCGUCUUUAAAUGCGACAGGUGCGACUUCGCAGUCAACGUCGGCCUCGGAGACUCAGGAAUUGCCAGUGGUGGCGUCAGGUAUUGUUUCACCUUCAGCAGAUGCUACUACACAGGGGCAUGUAGCAUCUGCUUUACAGCAUGUUUCAAGUGAGAAUUUCAUCCAUGUCUCACAACCUACUUCGUCACAUAUGUUCAGUUAG